ACUCCAAUUAUUCGGCCUUUUAACGCUGGAAGCCAUGGUUCGAAUUACAUUUAUUCUCCUUCUAUGGGGCCUGACCGUGGUCAUGGCCAGCAACUGGAAUGUGGAGCUACACAAGGGCGUGGAAAUGAAUGUGGAGGAAUAUCAGCGCAUGGUCAAGAUCCGUCACUUGUCGGAGGAGUUCUUCAGCUUCUAUCGGAAUAUAACUUUGUCUGAUGUGGUGCCAGAAACACGCCUGCCUACGCAGCAGGAUCUUCAAUGCUAUGCGGAGUUUGCUCAGCUAACUGCCGGCUUGGUCUCCGGCAGCCUUUGGGCAUACAGAAUGAUUGACUCUUGGGGAUCGGUGCCAGCGGGCAUUCUGGUCGGACAUUUCAAGGAUCUAGGGAACUACGACGAGUGCAUCAACAUCCAGCAGGCCGUCACCUCCAACUACAAUGUUAACGGAAAGUACUGCCUUGCCCAGUUACCGCUGCAGCAGUUGCUGGGAAUUGCGGGACCCAUGGAAAUGUUGAAAAUACAGACAGCUGUCUGCUUUCCCGCCUCCUGUUCGGCUGCGAACAUGGACACGCUGCUGCUGCGACUCCUAAAUCAGCUCAUUGGAGUGGAUCUGAACGCAGAGCUCAGUUUUGUCAAGGAAAGCACCUGCAAGACGGCUGACAGAGAAUCCUACGAUGGACUCACAAUCUUUACAAUUGUUCUUUUGUCGGUGUUCGGUACAGCAGUUGGUCUUGCCACGCUCUACGAUUACUUUCUCUGCGAGGAUCAAGAGAAACUCCCUGCCAUUCUGAGGAUAUUCUCAGCACGCUACCACUCCCGUGGUCUCUUUCGUGUUUCAAAUAAUUCCAAUCCGAAUGUUGUCCAUUGCCUGCACGGUUUGCGUGGCAUGUCUCUGAUCUGGGUGUGUUUCGGUCAUAAUUACCUCGUUUCGAUAUCAAUGCCGAAUAUCAAUUUGCUGGAUGUGUAUAAGUGGGCCAAGUCGCCUUUUAUGAUGGUUAUAAAUGAGGGAGUUUUCGCUGUGGAUACUUUUUUCUUCAUAAGUGGCAUGCUCGUCUCAAUGGUCGCCUUGCGUUCAAUAGAGAAAGCUAAGGGAAAACUGAACAUUCCGCUGAUGUAUCUUCAUCGCUAUCUACGACUCACUCCUGUUGUGGCAGUGUCCAUUCUCGUCUAUCUAAAAGUUCUGCCCCUUCUGGGAGAUGGCCCACUGUUUGGCAAAUGGAACUUUGAUAACUAUGAUAGCUGUAAUGAAAAUUGGUACUGGACACUUCUCUAUGUACAAAACUAUGCCGCUGAUCGGAUCUGCCUCGCUCAAACAUGGUACUUGGCCAUCGAUAUGCAGCUAUAUAUCAUCGCUCCACUGCUCCUGAUUAUUGUCUUCAAGUGGGGAACGAAAGGGGCCGCCUUUGUCCUGCUUUUGACCCUUUUGCUAGCUGCUUACCUUUUCAGCAUAAUGGUGAUCAAGGACUUAUCCAUAAUAUCAGGAGGGGAUAUGGGACUCUCCCAAAAAACGCACAAUCGAACAUCAGGCUGGCUUGUCGGCUUCCUCUUCGGGUAUUACCUGCACACUAUCCGGGGAAAGUCGAUCAAGCUGAGUCGUCCCAGUGUCUGGAUCGGAUGGCUGAUCUGCUUGGCCUUACUCUUUACCUGCAUCUUCGCCAUGUAUCCGUAUGGUCCGGCAAAGUCCAAGUCUAUUUCCAUUCUGAGUGAAGCGUUCUAUGUGUCGCUGUCUCGGAUUGCUUGGCCCCUGGGCCUGAGCUGGGUUGUGUUUGCCUGCAUGCAGGGAUACGGCGGAUUGGCCAAUUCGUUUCUCUCUUCUCCAUUGUGGCAGCCGCUGUCCAAGCUGUCCUACUGCAUCUACAUGUAUCACUUGCUCAUUCAGAACUUGAAUGCAGGACGAACUCGGGUCAACACGUACUUCUCCGACUACGAUUUGAUGCUGCGAUUCUGGCAGGACUUUGGAUUCUCUCUGAUCCUGGCGUACAUUAUGUACAUUCUAAUCGAGGCUCCAUUUGGAGGAUUGGAGAGUCUGAUUCUGCCUAAUCGUAGGGCACCUCCGACACCCAAACUGCCUCUGGCUGAGACUGAGCCAAAGGUUAAUCUGUCGGAUAACGAUGCUGAGAAGCAGACUCCAGCUCCAGAAGUGAUUCCAACAGAAGAGAGAAGUGAAUCGGCAUCGGCACCUCCAUUGGAAAGGGAGUACAAGACUGAAUUGGAAGCAAACGAUGGGAAAGUUGUAGAUGCCACAAGUUGAUAGAAUUAAGGAAUCAUU